CCUGCUCCCAGAGGGCCGCAGGCAGGGGACACACGCGCAGUUCCCUGAACCUUCUGUUUGAGCGACCCAGAGCGUCUCGCUUUCCCUCCUGGGUAGAGAUUGUCCCUCCCGCCCUCGGCGGGCGCCGCUGGGGUGGCGUCGCCUCGCCCCCGGGGCCGCACCCUGCUUCCCUGGGGAACACCCUGCCUCAGGCCUGCCUCCCCUCUUUAGAGUGAUUUGGUGGUGGAGACAUGACAUUCAUGGACUCAGAAGAACGGGAAGGAGUGAUGCUGAGUGAGUUAUAGUCUAAUUGUCACCUGCUACUUGUGGAAGGAAGAGAUGUUUGGCAUGGCACUGAUCAAUGUGUAUAUUUACUGGGAAGUUUACCCCAGGAGAAAAGAGAAAACCAGCUGUGUGGAUGGAAUUUGGAGAAAGCUCCUUGAUUUGAGGAAGACUGAACAAUGAAGGGACAUUCUCUGUGGCCAACUCUGGGUUGCAGAAGUGUCUCAAUAAAACAAAACAAAUAAAAAGCCAGAAGGCUUAACUUCUAUGAGGCCUUGUGGGAAACAUGGGUUUAAAAUGUAGUGGACAACCAGAAGCCUGUGAAGUUAUCAUUUAGUAUGGAAGAAGAUGAGUUCUUUGGAGAAAAAACAUUCCAGCAUUGUUGUGCAGAGUUCAUUAGACAUUCACAGCAGAUAGGUGAUGGCUGGGAAUGGAGAACUUUGAAGAAUGCAAGCUUCAUGAGGAAAAGAACCUGUUCACUUUCUGUUCACUACUGUAACCCUGAGGCUGAGUACAAUAUAUUGCAUGAAGACUCUUCUGAAGGCUACAUGUGCAAAACACACUUUCAAAUUAAAUCCGAGACUCUGAUGUCACAUUCGGGAACAUCUGCCUGUGUACAGACAUGUCUACCCAUUGAGGAGGCUUUAGAACUACCCCUGGAUGAUUCUGAAGUGACUGAGACCACAACGGGAAGCCAAGUGAUUAAAUAUGAAUAUCAUGUUUUAUACUCCUGUAGCUACCAAGUGCCUGUGCUUUACUUUAGGGCAAGCUUUUUAGAUGGAAGACCUUUAGCUCUGAAGGACAUAUGGGAAGGAAUCCACGAGUGCUAUAAGACAAGGCUGCUGCAGGAGCCAUGGGACGCUAUUACCCAACAGGAGCAUCCAAUACUUGGGCAGCCUUUUUUUGUACUUCAUCCCUGCAAGACGGAUGAAUUCAUGACUCCUGUGUUAAAGAAUUCUCAAAAAAUCAAUAGGAGUGUCAACUACAUCACAUCUUGGCUGAGCGUUGUAGGGCCAGUUGUUGGGCUAAAUCUACCUCUGAGUUAUGCCAGAGCAGCUUCUGAGGAUGAAUGAAAUGUCCAUCAACAAGGUAAAAAGGAAAGCCCGCAUUGAAUGGUUUGCCAAGACAAAGACCCUGUUAUCUCUGUUACACUUAGGGUCUUCACUGGCCCCAUCAAAUGUUAAGUCUUCUUUCAUCUUUAAUAGGCUGAACAUGGACUGUUUGUUUAGGUUUUCAGCCAGGCAGGGCCCCAUCGUUUAGGAAGCAUUGGACUUUGCUACAAUAACACUCACCCAAACACAGGAGUGGAUGGCUUUAUUUCAGAAUUGUAAUAAUUCUUUAUUGCUCAGUUAACUUUCUUUUAUUCUCUUAGCUUUUGUUUUGUUUUUGUUCUUAACUUUCUUCUGUUGAGCCAAAGAACUUAGAAAAUUGUGGCAUGAAGGACACCAAAAGUAUACUUGGCCAGCCCGGUUUUAAUAGGACAAAUACCGUGCAAUAUUUCGACUCACCAAGACUUUGACAUGGAUUAUUUUUUCUAUUGGAAGCAAAUGUCUGUAGUAACUGAUAUACUGUAUACCUAAUCUGGAAGAAUUUUUGGUUUGGAUUUGCUUGUUUUGUUUUUCAUUUUAACUUGCCCAGGGGUUGAAACUAAGACAAAAUGUAAUUGUCUCUUCAGACAAUCUAGAUCGGUGUCUAUUAAUGAGGAAUGUACUUUAGAAUCACCUGUGGAUCUUUUAUGACUAUGAAUGCUUGGGGCUAUCUUCUGAAACAGCCUCACUGGGGUGGUUCUGACCCACCUGCUUCUGGAGAACCUCUGAUCUGGACGUACCUUUAGUGUGGCAUUUAUUUGUAUUGUUUUGGUCUCCCAAUCGGCCUUUUCCAGUUCUGUAUGAGCUCCAGCAAGCCUGACUUACUUCCUACCAUUUGUCUGGACUUUGCUCCAGGCCUCCUGGUUGUUAAGAACAUCUAGGAGACAUUUGUUCAUGAGACAGCCCACUUGGAGGAAGCCAUGGGGUGAGGGGGUUAUCUACUGGCCAAUCACAGUAGACUGUGCCUGCACUCAUAGUCUGUAGGUUCGAGGCUGAGCUCUCACACCGGGAGUGGAAGUAGAGAAUGGGUUAAUUCAAACUGCUAGAAAAGCUAAAAGUAAAUUUUAAAAUGCUGAGCUGCACAUAUUCAUGCUGGGAUGAGAGCCUGCUUACAUGCUUGCUGGGCAUUUUGGUAUUUACCACUUAACAUCUUUUCAACUUCUGCAGGGAUUUUCAUCACCCACCGCUCCCCCCCCCCCGCCCCAUCCACUCUCCCUAAUGUAAACACAGAUUUCUCAGCAAGUCAUUUCUCAGACCAUGUCAUUUCUGGGGUAAAAAAACUAAAUAAAUUAUAAUAAUGUGU